AUGGGUUGCGUGGACACGGUUGAAGACUCUCUACGGCGGAUCGCAGAAGGCGGGACGGAUCUUCUUGAAGCGUAUUGUGGGUUGCCACCUCCAGUGUGCCAGCAGGCGCAGAUACCGCAGCACGUCCCGUCGUAUGCGAGAGUGCCGGACGCUAGACAGCGCAAGCUGAACAUCCGUCAUUUCGAUGGAAAAGAGCUUUACCAGGGGCUAGGGAGCGGUUUUCUAUCCUGGGGGAAGAAGUUUGUACGGGAAGUCUCUUUUGCUGAGCGUGCGAGCGGAUUUCCGUGGAGUGAGGAUGUCAAGAUAGACGUCCUUGGACACAAUCUCACGGGAAUGGCUGAGCGGUACUAUAAUCGCCAAGUUGAAGGGUGGUGGCAAGAAGAGCCAACAUUGGAACACGCCAUGCAAAGGCUGCUUCAUACAUUCGCAACUAAGAUAACGCCAGCGCAAAGUAUGAAGCUAUUUACUGCUGCCAAGAGCCCCAAGCGCAGCUGGACAGAACACUAUUUGUAUUUGGUCGCAGUAAGCGAGGCAUGCGGUGGAGCAGACAACUUGGUCCAAGACAACAUAGUCCACUACGCUGAUCCGGCAAUGAGAUCGACGGAGAUCGAGCUGCGCGGAAAGCACAUUGGAAAGGACGUCGUCAACAACGUUCGACAUGUGCGCGAAAAGACACGAAACGGGCGUAAGGACAAUCGCAAGUGCUACAGCUGUGGGAAAUCUGGACACAUAAAAGCUGCGUGCCCGGGGAACAAGGUCUCAAGAGAAACAAGCGUCGACGUGGACUUUGUGCUCGCAGUGGGCAACCCGAGCGCUAACCACGGCUAUUGGAUACUGGACAGUGGCUCGAGUCGUCACCUGGUAAACGAUGUGAGCAUGCUCGAGAACCCAGAGGACUGCCAAAGCGAGUGUAUCGCAGCUGACGGAGGGCCCUUGCGCAUAACGAAGCGAGGAAGCGUCACAAUCACGACCACUGUAAUGGGCAAGGUCACUAAAGUGCGACUCCUGGACGUGCAAUAUGCCGAGAACCUCGAAAGGAACAUUAUAUCCUACGGUAUAUUGGAGGCUAAAGGGUUUGGGAUAGCCUACAUGGGUGAUCGCAGGGUCGUCGGCAACAUUGACAGUGGGGUGGUUGUCUUUGACGUGGAGAAGAAGAACAACGUGCUAAUAGUGCGGGACCACGAUCGCGGAAGUGUUCAGCUACCAUCGGACAUACUAAUGAUGGCUUUAGCGCAAGGAGAAUUCGAAGUGAGUCAAGACGUGCAACGGGGCACGCUUAUGCACUUUCACAGAAGGUUGGCUCACCUGAAUUAUGACACGAUCCUUCGCAUGGCAAAGGAUCCAGCCUCAGGGAUACAGCUGACCGAUGAAACGCGUGAGAACUGUCUAGCUUGCGCUCAAGGUAAACAGACCAAGAACCAGCAGUCGAGAAACGACACUGGCACGAAUGCGCCGAUUGAUGUUAUCGGAGGAGUCAUCUGCUCUGACCUGAAGGGUCCCAUGACUCCUCGCGACAGAUUGGGAAAUCGUUACAUGGUUAAUUUUGUGGAUCAUCGCACGAACUACUGCAGAGUUUUCCUGGCGAAGAGCAAAGACGUGGCGGCCCAAAAGUUUAAACACUUCAUGGCAUUUUUCGAGAGGCAAUUUAAUUGUCGCAUUCACGUGCUGCGAACGGACGGCGAAGGAGAAUAUCGUACUCUGGACCUCUUUUGCAAGGAAACAGGAAUUGCGAGGCAAAUUAGUGAGCCAAGCAACCAAGCCAGCAAUGGGAAGGCCGAGAGGAUGCAUCGCACCAUUAUGAAUAUGGUGCGUAGCAUGGUGUUUGCGUGCGGACUGCCGCUGAGCUUCUGGGGGGACGCGGCGGAGUAUGCGGCCUACAUACUGAAUCGAAGCCCAAGUAAAGCCAACGCUGGUCGCCUAUCACCUCUACAGAUGUUGACCAAGAAGGUACCUGUUUUAAGUGAUAUUGUGGUUUUUGGGUCACCGUGCACUGUGCACCAGGACGCGAAGAACAAGUCACUAGGAGCUCGUGGCAAGCAAGGCGUGAUCAUAGGCAAGAGCGAUGAAGUGAAAGGGUACCGUGUGUACAUUCCAAGGGACAAGGUCGUGGUCGUAACUCAACAUGUUAAGAACGUUGAAACCCUUACGAAGGAACAAAACGAUCAACUACGGCGUGUGCAUCUGAAGGAGAUUGAUGAAGUUGCGUGCGAUGGCUCGACGCAGAAAGAGAAGACGCAAGCGACUGUUCAUGAUGCGAUGAGAAGAAACCACUCGAAAGUUGGUGUCUGGACGCGAGAGGCGCAUGUGACGAGGGCGACUUCGAGAAAGUCACGCGAAGACAAUGCAGAACAAAAAGAGGAGGAGGUUUCGGAUGUGGUGAAUGUCAUUCGUGAGAGCGACCCAAAAUCCUACGGUCAGGCCAUGAAGAGCGGCUUAAAAGAUAAGUGGGUGGCAGCAAUGGAUGAGGAGCUGCGAGCUUUGGAAGACAACGAUGUGUGGAAGGUGGAAGUGCCGCCCAAGGGAAGCCAUGUCCUACACACCAAAUGGGUGUUCAAAACCAAGUUGAACGCAGAGGGAGAGAUCGAUCGUUUCAAAGCGAGGCUUGUGGCAUGCGGGAACGAGCAGGUCUACGGUGUCGACUACGGGUUGACGUUUGCUGCGGUGAUGGAAUUGAGCACGGUGAAGGUCAUACUGGUACUUGCCCUACGUUGGGGAGUACCAGCAAGACAUGGUGACAUACCUAACGCCUACGUGAAGGCGAACAAAGAGGAACAUUUGGAGAUUUUUCUUGCCAUACCUCAAGGCAUGACUGUACCUGAUGUGAUUUUGAAGCAAUUUGGAACACAAGGCAGCGACAAACUGGCGCUCAGGCUUAAAAAGUCGCUUUACGGCCUUAAACAGGCGGGUCGUCUUUGGAGCAAAUUGCUGGACACGAAACUGGUCGAGGCUGGUUUUAGUCGAUGCGUGUCUGACGCAUGUCUGUAUUUCAGACACGACGGAGGCGAGCUGACAAUUGUCGGGGUAUAUGUUGAUGAUUUGUUGGUGACAGCGACAAGUCAGGACAAGGUGGAAGAAUUCUUUAAAGCGAUGAGUGUCCUCUCUAUUAAGGAUUUGGGUCAAGUUAACAAGUUCCUGGGCAUGAGGAUGGCUCUAAAGGACUCGAAGACUUACACUGUCGAUCAGACUACGGCGAUCGAUGAGAUGCUAAAUCAACAUGGUCUGGAUGCAGCAAACGGCGUGAGGGCGCCCAUCGGUGACGACAGCAACGACGAUGUGUCAGAAGGUGUGUACCUGUCGGCAAAUCGGGGCAAGAAAGGCGAGCCUACUGUCCGAAACUUUCAGUCUUUAGUGGGUAGCCUUCUAUGGAUUGCCCGGUGUUCAAGGCCUGACAUUAGCUUCGCGGUUCACAGAGCCACAAGACGUACGCACCAGCCCACUGUCAGCGACUGGAAGCUGGCAAAACGCGUCGCGAGAUACCUGAAGACAACAAAAGACAUGAAACUCAAGAUGAGCCUCGAAGAUGAGAAAGAUGUUAUCACGGUGACAUGUUGGAGUGACUCAGACUUCGCGGCAGAUAAGUCCGACCGCAAGUCAAUAACCGGUGGAGUACUUACGGUGAGUGGAGUCAUCGUGCAUUGGAUCUGCAAAAAGCAGACCGGAGUAUCCUUGUCUACCAUGGAGGCCGAGUUUACCUCGGCGUCGCACGUUGGACGAGAGCUGCUGGGAUUGCGAGAAUUGCUGAAGGAGAUUGGACUUCCUGUGACGGAGCCAAUGAGCAUGCUAAUGGACAAUCAAGCAGCAAUCAAGAUGUUAGAGUCUGAAGGAAGCAUGGCGAGUGCGAAGCACGUGGAUGUGCGGAUGAAAUUCAUCUGCGAUUAUGCUAAAAAGGGUAUCGUCAAACCUGAAUUCGUCGAGUCGAAGUUGAUGAAAGCAGACCUGUUGACGAAGACACUGCCGGCGCCAAGGGUCGCGGAGCUACGCGAAUUGUUUAACCUUGUUUGA